AUGGUGGAGUCAGACCACGCUUUAGUACCACUUUGUAUGAUAUGUGUGAAUACCACACCGUGCAAAGAGUUGCGGUUGCAUAGUGCUGUCCCUGCUCGUCAAGGAAGAGUUGGAUCUGGGAUUUUGCAGGAGAAAUUAGACCAGCCCAUAUCUGCUCCACCAUCACCCAGAGACAUAUCAAUGGAGAUAGAUUCUCCAGAAAAUAUGAUGAGACAUAUCAGAUUUUUAAAGAAUGAAGUGGAAAGGCUAAAGAAACAACUGAGGGCUGCACAGUUACAGCAUUCAGAGAAGAUGGCACAAUAUUUAGAAGAGGAGCGACACAUGAGAGAAGAAAACUUGAGACUUCAAAGAAAGUUACAGAGGGAAAUGGAACGUAGGGAAGCACUCUGCAGGCAACUGUCAGAAAGUGAAUCCAGCUUAGAAAUGGACGAUGAAAGGUAUUUUAAUGAGAUGUCUGCACAAGGAUUAAGACCUCGCACUGUGUCCAGUCCUAUCCCUUAUACACCCUCACCAAGUUCUAGCAGACCUAUAUCACCUG